AUGACAAACCAGGAUAGCGAUGAAUCCAAUGAGGACAAUGUCCUGGACCAAGACUUUCUUUCCCUGCGAAACUACACAAACAACAAUGACGACGAAGAUGACGGCGGUGACAGUAACUAUGAAAGAGAAUCAUCAUCAUCCCAACACGAAGGGCAAAGCGGUGCCACUUACAAUAACGGCACCGACUUGCCACCUUGGAUGAAGGAAUCAGUUGAUUAUAGGCGUACGAAUCACUUGGUGGCCUUGCACAAUGAGAUUGUUGGGUUUUGUCGGCUCAUGGAGCCAAGAGAGGACGAAAUGAGACUGCGAAAUGAAGUGUUGGAUCGAUUUACCAAACUUGCCAAGACGGUCUUUCCCAAAAGUAAAGUGCAAGUUUUUGGUUCUCAAGCGACGGGAUUGUGUCUACCUUCCUCGGAUAUUGACAUUGCCAUUCAAUUGGAUCCAGCAGAUAGAACGGGAGCUCCAUCUACAGAUCCUACUACUACUAAUGAUGAUGGGGACAGUAAGAAUGGUAACAAGGCAGAGGAGAAAUCCGAUAAAGAAAGAAAAGCAGAAGAAAUCGAAGCCAUGGAAAACUGGGAUGCUCCCACUGGAACGCCUUUGCAUCGGUUGGCGGCUGCCUUGAGGAAACACUGGAUGCCGGAAUUGUAUUAUUUGGAAGUCAUUGAAAAAACUCGGGUGCCCUUGGUCAAAUUCAAGCACGGACCCACCAUGAUUGCCGUCGAUGUCUGCUUUGAUCAAGAAUCGGGCCCACAAGCGGCUCGAUUGAUGCACCAGUAUAUGGAUGCCUUGCCUCCACUGCGGCCACUUACCUUUGUGCUUAAGUAUUUCAUGGCAUCUCGUGGUUUGAAUCAACCGUAUACGGGUGGAGUGGGAAGCUUUCUGUUGCAAAUGAUGAUUGUGUCAUUUUUGCAACAUCGCGAGCGUUCCGUGAUGCGGAAUCGACAACCAUUGGUGUACAACUUGGGAGGUCUCUUGAUUGAAUUUUUUGAACUCUAUGGGAUUGAUUUCAACUAUGUCACGACUGGUAUUUCAGUCCGCUUUGAUGGGUUCUACUUUCCCAAGGGAGCUUCCGACCGAAAGGAACACUUUUGGCAGCCCAAUAGACAGUCCUCUUUUGCGGUGGAGAAUCCUUUCGACAUUACCAGUGACGUGGGAGCCUCGUCCUUUCGAAUGAACAUGGUUCAACGAUCCUUUGAAAUUGCUUACAAAGUCCUCCUUUCGCAUGUGACGGAACCCUUCCAACCCACAACCUCCAUCUUGGCGUCCAUACUACCAGUUUCGGAGGAAAUGACGCAACGGGUACCCAAGAGCUUAGAACCAGAAGUGACUUCCGCCGACAAAUUGUCAUCCGCUUUGCAAGCAGGCAGAAAAAACAAGAAGGAACGAAACUCCGGAGGCAAACGACCCAAGAAGCGACAACGUCGUCACUCGUAG